AAAAAGAAAAAAAAGAUUGGGCCGAAGGCAGUGAGCGAGUUGCAAAAACCCGGGAAGAGAGGCCCUAAACCCUAGCACCUGUUCAAAAUUCAUGAUCUCUCACUCAAAAAUCUCAGGCAUUUUCUUCUUCUUCUCCGUGUGCAAAUGAACGAGCAAUAGCAGCUACAACAAUGAAUAAAUCACAACCAUUUUCGUGGGCUCGUCUUCUCCUCAACCAAUCUCUUAAGAAGCCACCAAAACCGACAAUCCCAUUUUCCCGAGAAUCCUCCACUUUCCGACGGUUUCCUCUCUCCCAGACGCCCAAAUUUUCGUUUCCUGGGAAGACCCAUUACUCCACUGUAUCUUCCAGGGCUGCCGAGGACCUUUUGGCUGAGGUUGAAAAGGAAAGGCAGAGAGAAAGGGAGCAGAGGAAGAGGACUGGUCUUGACACUAAAGACAUUGACGAAGAAGAUAAUGAAGAUUACAUGGGUGUGAUGCCUUCGAUAGUAAAGCUCGAGAAGGAGAAGCUCAAGAACGAUGGAGACUUGAACAGAUACGAAGAGGACACCGAUUCCGAUAGUGACGAAGACGAUGAGAGGUUCACUCCCGACGCAAUGAAGAAGAAGUCCGAUGAGUUUCAGAGGAAGUUCAAGCGUCACAAGGAGUUGCUCAAGUGCUUCACUCAGGCUGAGACACUUGAUGAUGCUUUUAAGUGGAUGAAUAAGAUUGACAAGUUUGAGCAAAAACAUUUCCUACUUCGCCCUGAAUAUAGGGUCAUUGGUGAGUUGAUGAACCGUCUCAAAGUUGCAGAGGGCAAGGAUAAGUUCAUUCUUCAGCAUAAAUUAAAUAGGGCUAUGAGAUUAGUGGAAUGGAAGGAGGCUUAUGACCCAAACACUCCUGCCAAUUAUGGUAUAAUUCAACAUCAACAAGGUGGGCCCUAUGCUGAAUUGGAAAAGGAUGAACAGCAGAAGGAGCAAAACGUGGAUACGGUUGCUGCUGACGAUGAUAGUGAUGAUGAAGAGGAGUUUGAUGACAUGAAGGAGAAAGAUGACAUUCUGUUAGAGAAGUUGAAUCAUGUUGAUAAGAAACUUGAAGAGAAGCUUGCAGAGUUGGACCAUACAUUUGGAAAGAAAGGUAAACGUUUGGAGGAAGAAAUUAGAAAUCUUGCAGAGGAAAGAAAUGCUUUGACAGAGAAGAAGAGAAAACCUCUCUACAGGAAGGGUUUUGAUGUGAAGUUGAUUAAUGUGAACCGAACUUGCAAGGUUACCAAGGGUGGCCAAGUAAUCAAGUAUGCUGCUAUUUUAGCUUGUGGAAACUAUCAUGGUGUUGUCGGUUAUGCUAAAGCCAAAGGCCCCGCAAUUCCUAUUGCUCUCCAGAAGGCAUAUGAGAAAUGUUUUCAGAAUCUUCAUUACAUAGAACGACACGAGGAACAUACAAUUGCCCAUGCGGUACAAACUGCUUAUAAGAAAACCAAGGUUUAUCUUUGGCCUGCGCCCACUAGAACCGGUAUGAAAGCUGGAAGAACCGUUCAAACCAUUUUAAAUUUGGCAGGUUUCAAAAAUGUCAAAUCGAAGGUUGUUGGGUCAAGGAAUCCCCACAACACGGUUAAGGCUGUCUUCAAAGCACUUAAUGCAAUUGAAACUCCAAAGGACGUCCAAGAGAAGUUUGGCCGUACUGUGGUUGAAAAGUACCUGCUUUGAGGGACUACUCCACUCAUAACUGAUGGGUGUGUUUCAAUUAUUACGCCCAUUUUCCCUUUGAGUUUUCAUGGAUUCUUUCCUUGUAUUCUGAGAAGUACAACAGAUCCAUUUUUGUUCCAGUUAGAUGUUAUAAAAAUAGAAAUAAUAAAAAUAUGCAUUCUUUUUGUUCCA